AUCUUCCAGCACAUCAUCCGGCGGGAGAUCACGGAUGAGGACGCCCGGCACCUCUCGCGGAAGUUCAAGGACUGGGCGUACGGCCCCGUCUACUCCUCCCUCUACGACCUCUCCUCGCUGGACACCUGUGGAGAGGAGGUGUCCGUGCUGGAGAUCCUUGUCUACAACAGCAAAAUCGAGAACCGUCACGAGAUGUUGGCCGUGGAGCCCAUCAACGAGCUGCUGCGUGACAAGUGGCGCAAGUUCGGGGCCGUCUCCUUCUACAUCAGCGUGAUCUCCUACCUCUGCGCCAUGGUCAUCUUCACCCUCGUCGCCUACUACCGCCCCAUGGAAGGCCCUCCCCCCUACCCGUAUACCACCACUGUCGACUACCUGCGCCUGGCCGGGGAGAUCAUCACCCUUCUCACCGGCAUCCUCUUCUUCUUCACAAACAUCAAAGAUCUGUUCAUGAAGAAGUGCCCAGGCGUGAACUCCUUCUUCAUAGACGGCUCCUUCCAGCUGCUCUACUUCAUCUACUCGGUGCUGGUCAUCAUCACGGCGGGGCUGUACCUGGGCGGCAUCGAGGCCUACCUGGCCGUCAUGGUCUUCGCACUGGUGCUGGGUUGGAUGAACGCUCUGUACUUCACCCGGGGGCUCAAGCUGACGGGAACCUACAGCAUCAUGAUCCAGAAGAUCCUCUUCAAAGACCUUUUCCGCUUCCUCCUGGUCUACUUGCUCUUCAUGAUCGGCUACGCAUCAGCUCUGGUGUCCCUCCUCAACCCGUGUCCCAGCAGCGAGUCCUGCAGUGAGGAGCAGUCCAACUGCACGGUGCCCGCCUACCCCUCCUGCCGGGACAGCCAGACCUUCAGCACCUUCCUGCUCGACCUCUUCAAGCUCACCAUUGGCAUGGGUGACCUGGAGAUGCUUGAGAGUGCCAAGUACCCCGGCGUCUUCAUCAUCCUCCUCGUCACCUACAUCAUCCUCACCUUCGUGCUCCUCCUCAACAUGCUUAUUGCUCUCAUGGGUGAGACCGUGGGCCAAGUCUCCAAGGAGAGCAAGCACAUCUGGAAGCUGCAGUGGGCCACCACCAUCCUGGACAUCGAGCGCUCCUUCCCUGUGUUCCUGCGGAGAGCCUUCCGCUCGGGGGAGAUGGUCACCGUGGGGAAGGGCACUGAUGGGACGCCUGACCGCCGCUGGUGCUUCAGAGUGGACGAGGUGAACUGGUCCCACUGGAAUCAGAAUCUGGGCAUCAUCAGCGAGGACCCAGGCAAGAGCGACACGUACCAGUACUACGGCUUCUCCCACACCGUAGGCCGGCUGCGGAGAGAUCGCUGGUCAACGGUGGUGCCGCGCGUGGUGGAGCUCAACAAGAGCUGCCAGCCGGAGGAGGUGGUGGUGCCGCUGGGGACCAUGGGGACGACAGAGGCGCGGGAGCGGCGGCACGGCCAGGCCUCAGGCUCCCCGCUCUAG